AUGGAAGACGCCAAGAAACGUCGAGCCAAACGUUUGUUUACCUUUGCUGUGAAAUCUGCCGAAUCUCUGGUGAAAUCUACAAGUAUGCCGACUAUAGAACAACUUGACAAAGCUUAUGAUAACCUUGAAGAUAUCUAUGAUGCCCUAGUUACUACAAAUGAAGGUGUUUUAUCAAAUUUGCCAGAUGAUAUCUCAGACACUGAUCUGAAUGACACUUUUAACUAUUUACAAGAAGUAGAAUUACUUAGAAUAGAAUUAACUGCUUGUAUCCAACAAAUCAAAAGUGAUGUACAAAGAAAACAGAGAACAGACAGUCAUGUUCCAUCUGAUACCUCUAGGCCUGUAGUAGUGAAAUCUCAACUAGAAAGAGAAACAUCAGAGAAUAUCCAGGGUGGAAAAUCAGUUUCCUUUUAA